GAGGCGGGCGCUGCGGGGGUGUCUGUCGGGUUAGAGCGAGGCGUGACCCAGUUGACGCGCGCUGUGAGGAGAGGGGAGUGUGAAGGAGGUGGAGGUACAAACAGCAGUAGAAGCAUCGCCACCGCUGCCGCCAGUACCACAGUGGUGCUGCCCUCACUCGAGUCCCGCAGCCGGGUCAGCGUGCUUCUUUCAUCGCCCGUGAGCCUGGGGAACCUGCAGCUCAAAACCGCCGCCAGCCACAGCACCAUGUACCCUGGUAACAAGCGGAAAAAGGUCUGGAGGGAAGAGAAAGAGCGUUUGUUGAAGAUGACACUGGAGGAGAGACGUAAAGAAUACUUACGGGAUUAUGUUCCUUUGAAAGAUAUCCCAACAUGGAUGGAAGAAAUGAAAAGCAAGACUCAAAGUGAUGAAGAAAACACCCAGGAAGCUUUGCUGGAGAAGAAAAGUCUGAGUGAGAAAGUCUCCCUCUACAGAGGUGACAUCACAGUGCUUGAGAUUGAUGCCAUAGUUAAUGCUGCUAAUUCAAGUCUUCUUGGAGGUGGCGGUGUUGAUGGCUGUAUUCAUAGAGCAGCUGGUCCCUGUCUAGUUGCUGAAUGUCGCAACCUGAGCGGCUGUGAAACUGGACAAGCAAAAAUUACUUGUGGUUAUGACCUGCCCGCAAAAUAUGUCAUUCAUACUGUGGGUCCUAUAGCACGAGGUCAUAUUAGUGAUAACCAUAAGGAAGACCUGGCAAAUUGCUACAAAUCCUCCCUUAAACUGGCAAAAGAGAACCUCAUCAGAUCUAUUGCAUUCCCAUGUAUUUCAACAGGAAUUUAUGGUUUUCCGAAUGAGCCAGCUGCAGUCAUUGCACUUACCACAAUCAAGGAAUGGUUAAGCAAGAAUUAUCAUGAGAGUGCCAGCGGCCCAGCUAUUAUAGCAAUGUUUGCUUCAGAUAUUUCAGAAUUAAAGACAAUAUUAGAGAGUAAGGAGCAGUGAAGAUCAGGUUGUCUCACUAUUUGCAGUAGCCUGUUUAUAUCCUACAAUGCAACUUUUAUUCCAGUAUUUCUGUAUUUUAAUUUGGAAUGAGCAAGAAAUUGUAGAAUCUGUAGUACAAGCUAAUCAUACUGUCUUAAUUUGUGCAACCCAGUUGCUACAGAUAUUACUCUAUUUCUAACUUUGUUAAUUUUUUCUAAUUAUUGUGGUUAAUUUCCUUAUGAUUUUCACAUCAGGCACUCAUGGAAAGAUUUUCACUUCUUUAAAAUUUUUAUCUUCAUCCACUGUUUAGAAUAAAACUAAAGUUCCCACAAUUCUGAUUUGCUUUGGAUGACCCACAUGUUUAACCCGUUUGCCAGAAUUGUCCUUUGUCUGAUUAUGUUC